GUGUUGACUCGUCAGCGAAUCAUCCUAUGCUCUCAUUCAGGAUUAGGGCUGCAUGUGGCAAUAAUCAAUAUUGGAUUGACAUGCAAAUACAGCUCGCUCGGCUCUCUGUGUAUCAUUUUGCAAUCAGGCUUACCGCCUAACUCGCAGUGAGGGCCAGAUAAUCUUCAUGCCAAGCCUUCCGCAGUACAGUUAACACACUCGCUGAGAGCUUCUGUUUGUGCGGGUACUUUGUGAAACUGUGUCAUUAAAGGAGGUUGUUUCUAGGGAUUACAUAUUUUUUUUGAGUGAUGAGCAGUUGCAAAUGUGUUUUUUAAACCAUAAAAAAUUGAUUUAAAAUUGCUCAGUUCAACUUUUGUUCACAGCUUCCAUCUAGAGAACACUUGGGAUUAUAUGUUAUAUCUGGAUUAUGACAAAGAUUAUAUGUAAUUAUUUACAAGAUACAGUUAACACGAUGUAAUGGAUAAUUCAUUUGGAUUUUGCUGGCAUAUAUCAAGCAAUGUUUUAUUAAUGGAUUCCAUGAGAUCUGAAAUGGACAGCGACAGACUACUGGAUCUCGGUAUAUUUUUUGCUGAAAUUCGUCAAACUGUUUGCAAUGUUUUUGUUAUCUGAUAGCUUGAUGCACACAGCAUUUGUUCAACAGAAUGAGGUAUUGUCUUACAUACUUUAUACAUUUAAUUUUAUUGGAAGUUGCUGGAGAGGACCGUGGAUGAAUUACAGUCAGCACUUUAUAGCACUUACCAUCAAUUAAGCACUUCCAGUGAUAAUACACAAGCAAGAUAAUAGUGCUGGUUCAAAUUUCGACAGCCUUCAACUUUUUAUUUUAGAUAAAAAGCAUCUAAACUUCAAGUUUACAAACAUUUGAUAUGCAGGACACCAGUAAAACACUAUGGGGAAUUUUUAGAUUGAUUUUGACAAAAUCAAUUACCAGAACAAAAAUUAAUUGAGUUUAAAAAUAAUUGGUAAGCUGGAAUUUGUUAUAAUACUUGAAUAAUACAAGUUGUCCCACAACAGGAAUACAGCGGGUGAUAUUUCUGGCUGCGGCUAUUCAACUUGUUUCCAUUGGAGCUGUUUGGAAACGGUUUAGCAGUAUUUAUUACAUUUGAAAAAAUGCUUGUAGACAUUUUCUAGAAACAAAUCAAGAGGACUUAUAAAUCAAACCUAGCUGCAAUCAGAACAUUUUCACAUUUCUUUGACUUGCUAUAUAUCAAUGUGAAAGGUUGCAGCUUUGGCAGUGAAAAUGCUUAUUACAUAUUUGGAUGGCCAGCAGGUUUUGUAUAAAUGCUUGACAAUCUGAUCAGCCUAUUAAAAUGAAAUGUGUUAAUGAUCAUGCUUCCAUCCUUAAACAUAUUUUAUUCUGAUCAGUCUUCUAACGAGAAAAAGAGCAAGACAUCUUCGUUGUUUGGCUUCUUUGAUUCUACAGAACCAGAUGGAACCAAUAAUAAUAGCAAUACCACUCAGAUUGUAAACGAAGACAUAUAUGGUAGUAACAAAUCUUACCAAAGUACUGACAGUGGUAGCAGCAAUCAAAGAGCAUCUCUUUCAAAACAAGAUAGUUCUGGUAGUGCUAAGUUGACUGGAUCAUUUGACAGGUAUAGUACUCCAGAUGAAUAUGAUCCUGAAGAACCUGGUAGGUUCUUAGACAGACUCACCAGUAUUCAUCCAGAAGAAGACCUUCCUCCCUAUGAGAAUGGAUUUGAAAGUUCUUCUCCAAGCCCUACAAUGAGUGGAUCAUAUACUAAUAAUAAAGUGAAAGACAUUCCAAGAUUUGAAUAUUUUGAAAGUCCUUCGGACCCAGGAAUGCCACCCAUAAGUGCAAAGUUAACAAGAGAGGAUCUCACUUCUAGCUACCGUAAGCCUGGGAAUGAGGAUAAAUCGACAUUCAUGAAAACUCUUGAAGCUUCUCCACUUGGAUUCUUUUUCAAAAGUGAUGAUGCUGCUUCUAAAAAUCCUGAAAGUACAAGAGCAAAUUAUGGCCAGCCAAUAUAUGAUUCAGCACCACAUGCUUCUCACCAAUUUCAACCAAAUUUGGACAAAGAUGGAGGCAAUAGUGGUCAACGGGGCAAUGCAUCUUUACCAUCAGGAAAACCACCUUCAUACUCCAGUAUUAAGCAAAGCAGAACAUCCCACCUGCGGGAUGACAGGUAUUCAGUGGCAUCAGUUGCUUCUCACAGUGGUACCAGAAAUGGAAGAUACAAUUCAAUGAAUGGACACCAAAUGAAUGGAACUCUAACAGAGUCAGAAAAAGCAUCAUUGAAUUCAUCAGGCACUGGCAAAUAUAAGCCAAGCAGUGAACCAAAUUCUUAUCAAUAUGAGGGAAGGCAUCAGCAUGAGUGUGGCAAAUUUCAUACGAUGCACAGAAACAUGUCACCAACAAGAACUACUGAAAAUACAAGCAUGGACUCUAAUGUAUUUAAUUAUCAAGUUCCAGUGCCUGGCAAUAAUCCAGAGCAGCAUCCAAGUAGACGUUUAAAUGGAAAAUCUGCCGUUUCAUCAACGUCUCAACAAUCAAGUACUAUGAAUGAGUCUGGCAAUUUCCACAAGAUGCACAGAAACAUGUCACCUACAAGUAAUGCUGACACCAUAGGCAGGGACACUAAUGUGUUUAGUUACCAAGUUCCAGUGCCUCGUAAUAAUCAGGAUCAUAAGAAGCAGAAUGGUGUUGCUGACCGCAAGAUGGACUUGAUAUCAAGGCCUACUGAACAGAUCAACCAGCAGCGACCAAUGAAUACAUCAUUUUAUGAAAUUUCUUGCCACAAUGCUCGUCGUACUUCAACUGCAAGAAGGCGGUCAAGUGAUAUUGAUACACAUCACAUACCUUUUUCGUCUAUGCCACAUUGGGUGCCCAGUUUAAGACCAGACAAACCAACACAGUUUAGUUAUGUCGGCAGGGAUUUGCCAGAACCGAGGACUGUUUUGGGUUCUAGGGAAAACCUUAAAAGGUUCGCGAGAGGAGCAGAUGUUCAACAAGCAAAGCCAAAAAUUUCACAAGCAAAAAAUAGAAAUGAAGACCAGAAAAAAACAGACAAUUCAGAUGCAUUUUCAUUCUUCGGAAUUUUUGGAGAACCAGAGGAAGGGAAAAAAGAUGAUGGUUCCAUUAUAGGAUAUUUUAAAAGUUUUCAAGAUACAGCAGAGAAGGAAUUAGAAGAUAGUACACUGCUAUUAGGUAUUUUUGGAAGGAAAUCAACAGCAAAGCCAUCAAAGAGGAAUGCAAUAGCAGUGCCAUAUCACAGAGGAGUAUUGUAUUUUGGUCCGUUGUUUGGAAAAGUAUCAUUCAAUGCCCUUCGCCAUGCAGCUCGCUUUUAUUGCAAGAAGAAUGAAACCAGUUUCCCAAAAGAAGGACAGGAAGCUCGAACAUUUGCUGAAAUUAAAUCUCAACUACCUGGCAGAAGAAAUCAACAGACUCGUAUAUCAAAUAGAUCUUCAGACUUUUUUGAUAGACUCGACUCAAUGGCAGGACCAUCUGAGCAGUCAGUUACUGGCAAAAUGCAGGACCAUAAUGAUGCCAGUUCAAGCACAAAAGAAUAUGAAUUUAAAGAUGUGAACCACAUUCCAAAUUACGAUUCAAAACCAGAGACAUUGCCAACUCGAAAGAUGUCAGAACCAUCUCGGCUACCACCUCACCCAAUGGAACCUGAUCUAGCCUCUAUUAGCCCUGAUAUUUCAGACCAGCUAGAUUAUACAUUUGCUGACAGCUUUUCCGCUGCUCCAUACUUAUAUCGUAAUAUGAAUGGCUUAAUUUCUAGUUCUUCAAUGCAAACUGAUCCAGAUUCGAAAAUGCAUACUGGAGAAACCAUUGUCAAUGACCCCAAGGACUCAAUAUUUUCUCUCAUUGAACUUUUUGAAAAUCUAGAGGAAUAUGAACACCCUGUAACAAGGACUGAAGUAUCUGAGCAAAAGAACAAUUCUACACAAACCACAAUCAGUCCAGAUCCUAAGAGAAAUGACAGCUCGAAGCCAAGUUCACAUGAUCUUGAUCAUUACAAACGUGUGUUCGCACGGCAGCGUGCCAAGGACUUAGCUGAUCAUGCUCAGAAACUUCUCGCUAAGGAUAAGGAAAUAUCUGACCUCCGGCAGGCUGUCGAUAGGCUGCAGAACUCCAGCAGGCAACCAGAUCCAAAUGUCCGAAACAGCAAGAUGUAUUCGGAAAAGGACGAGUUAGAGCGAAUUGUUCGACAGCACGCAAAGGAACAGCUUCGGUUGCAGAGGUGUCUAUCCGCUGCUUCCGCACAUGAUCCCUCUGGUAAUACCAUUGGUUAUCAGGCGCUAGAAGAGACAAACAAGGCAUUACGCAAAGAACUUAACGAUUUUGAACAGUCUAACAUUCAAGCACAGCAAUUGGAGGCUGAAGUUGCACAGCAGAGAUUAGAAUGUGACAAUUUACAGAAGGAGAUUGAGAAUGAACACAAACGUUCAAGUGUUCUUACAUCAGAGCUGCAGGAUGCACUUGUUGAAAACACAAACUUAACGCGGCAAAACACUCAACUACAAGAGCGUUUAACGAAAUUGGAAACGUUUGAGGAAGAAUGCAAGAGGCUAAGUGAGGCUUUGAAGCAGCAACAGAGCCUCUUUGAAGCGUCUGUCGACGAGAAAAACAAUCUAAAGCAAACGGUCGCAAAACUUGAAAAGGAAGUAAAGUUAAUGCAGGCCGCUGCUGAAAAACGGAAACAACUGGAGAAGGAGCACGAGGAGGCGAUACUAAGUUUACAAUUCAAGCAAGAUGAAAUAAGAAAUCUACAAAAAGAGCAACAACAAAGCAAGAGGGAACACCACGAUUCUGUCAGCAAAUUAGAAGAUAAAGUCAAGGACCUUGAGAAGCGAUAUGAAGAGCAAAGCGCCAACGUUGGCAAGCUCACCCAAGAGCUGCAGAAUCUCCGGAAGGUUACCAACAAAACUAUGGAAGAGAUAGCAGUACAGACGCAAGAGAAGGAACUAAAUAAGUCAAACGAGGUUGCCAGAGCAUUCGCAACGAAAGUCAGCACUGCACCCAACCAAUCAAAAGAUUGGUUAGAUGAUUAUGAGGUGAUAAUGGUGAAUGAGUAUGCAUUUGUCUCACUAAACGGUACCCCUCUAGCCCUACGUGAUUUGGAAAUGUCAGGGGAGAACUUGGAGGAGGUGUUCCAGCUGCCAGAAUCAAAGACAAAGGAGGAUUCAGGUUCCAUCGGGACCGAUGUGUCCUCCUACUGUGAAAAGAUAAGGCGUCUUACCCUGUCUGAUAGUGAAGAUGACUGGGGGAUUGGACUGGGAGAAGCUCUAACCAAGCAAAGUAAAAUUGCUGUCAACGGAUCUCUGAGCGACCAUGCUCUUGAGGAUGGCCUGAUAGGGGACAGGAUAAUGGCACUUGCAGAUUCAAACUCAGAUAUCAGUUUGUCACAGGUAGAAGCAUUCACAGACGCAUCUGAGGGCGAGACCGCUAGCCUCCAGCAAAUGAGCUCUCAAAGUAAAGAUGACGGGCUGCAGGGUCUUGAAGCCCAGUAUUACGAGGCGCUGUUGAAUGCGAGUUCAGAGGAAGACGGCUUGAUAGAGAGCCUCAGCAAUGGCCUUAAGGCGCAGGCCGCAAGAUCUGUGGAGACCGAGAAGUCUGAACACUUCUCUCAGCUGUCCUCGUCGGAGGCCAUGAGUGAUGAGGUGUUCCGGAACUCGGAAGAUCUGUCGAAGAGCGGAUCAUUACCUUCUGAUAACCAAGCACGGAGAGUUAGUAGCCGAAAGUCUAAGGAUUCAGACGAGGUGGAUGUAAGCAUGCUACAACGACUUCAGUCGGCAAGCGUCAACAAGCUUGCUGUGUUCAUCGCACGCUACAACUACACGCCAUCUUCCGACUCGCCCAAUGAGAAUCCAGAUGCUGAGCUUCCACUUAAGGCAGGCGAGUACAUCUACGUGUAUGGUGAUGCAGAUGAGGAUGGCUUUUAUGAAGGGGAGUUGAUGAGCGGAGAACGCGGUUUAGUUCCUGGAAACUUUAUCGAAAGAAUCGCUGACGCCAAAGAUUUGCUUGACAAUCCAGAUGGCGCUGUUCCUAUGUUAAUGCAUACCAAUCAUUCACACGGGUCUGAAGAUCCUAUGUUAGAAUUUCAAGGAAUCGUCCACGAUUCCCUCAGUGACUCCCUCAAUUCCGAUGAGGAUGGCGCUAGGGACGAUGAUUUUGACCGCGAUUCUCUUAUGAGUUAUCAUGUCACAAUGGAGAAGGACUCCCUCUCAAGUUUUUCGCACAUCGCUAGUCGAGAAUCUCUGAAAGGUUUCAUAUUCAGUUAGGAUAUUCAAUAUAUAUAUAUAUUUGGCUUUUAUUUCCCCUUUCUGUAAAACAAGGAAUUUCAACUUUCACGUAUAUUCUUGUCGCUUCCCUCAUUCUUUUUUCAUACUUUGCUCUGAUAAAAACAUUUGCACGUUACGAUAACAAGUACUAAAGAAAUGUUUUAGUUUGUUUCUGCAUAAAAUUAAGAAUUUCAAAAGUGAAAUGAAGUCCAAAUAAACAAGUUAAAAGAUGUAAGUUAAGUUCCUUGUUUUACAAACCUCUUCAGGGUGUUUCAGGUUUUUUUGUUUGUUUUUUUACCCCUUUUGGGUUUUCUUACAAAGUAUAUUUAUAAUUUCUUUCAAAAUAAUAUCUCAUUUAUUUUCUGCAGAUCAUUUAUUGGAUAAAUGAUUUUGAAACUUAUGUUAACAUAAUCCUACACAUAUGGUUUGCUUUCAAAUUGAUAACAAUUUGAAUAAAGUUCCCCCUCCAUUCUAUAUUGUUGUCAGCUCUAUAAUAUAAUUCAUCUACUUAUUUCAAAUUAAUAUCCCCAUCCAAAAUCAAAAUUCUAAUUUUUAUACUUAUUUUGAGUCUUAUUACAAAUUUUAAUAAUACACAAAUUGGCUUUGAUUUAAACUUUCCGCACCUUACUACAGUUUUUAUACUUCAUUAUUUCAGAUUAGCAUUCCUUGUUACAAAUUUCUACUCUACUUGUUAAACUAUAUUCUUUAUUAAAUUUUCCCCCACUUACUUCAACCUAUCAUCAUCUGACUAUAAUUGUUUUACCCCCACCCCCUUAAUUCAGAUUACCAUGUCAUGGGUUUUAAAUUGGAAAUAUAAAUUAAAUCAGGUUGUGAACAUCUAAGUGACUUAGUUCAACUGAUCCUCCUAGAUAAUUCUACGUUUAUUUGGCUUUGUAGCACAUCGUGUGCCUGCAGUGAGUAUUAGCCAAACAGAUCUUGUUAUCUCUGUAGAUGGAUCUGAUAAUGCAUCGAAUAAGGCCCUGGCACUUAGAUUUUCAUCCUUCAUAUCCUGUAGCAUCGUAUAUAUCAUAUUUUAAGUUUCUUUUUCAAGAACAACAAGCUCUAAUCGUUAAAAAUCGCAAAAGUAAUAUAAUAAUUAAUAAUUUGUCUAUAAUACACCAAAGAUGAAUAA